GCACAUCUGCAAGUACCACCUGAAGGGCUUCUGCCGUAACCAGCUGGCCAGGAAGGGAUGCAAGUUUGUUCACAGCUUCCACUCAGACCACAAUCUCCGUGUUCUAAAGUACUAUGGACUUGAGCAUUUAAACCAUGAUGAACUUUGCCAGCUUCUGCUUCAAAAUGACCCUUCCCUCUUACCAGAGGUCUGCUUGCAUUAUAACAAAGGUGAUGGACCUUAUGGAUCUUGUUCCUUUAAAACAUCCUGCACCAAACUUCAUGUUUGCCAGUACUUUCUGCGGGGUCAGUGCAGAUUUGGCAGCAGCUGCAAACGAUCCCAUGAUUUAUUAAAUCCAGAAUGUUUUGAGAAACUGGAGAAACAGGGGAUGAGCUCAGACAUUAUCAAGAAACUACCUUCCACUUUUAGAAACAUGUAUGACAUAAAAAAUGGCAACAGAAGCAUGUAUGACAUAGAAGAUGCCAAAUCUUCACCAUGCAAAGAUGGAAAACCCAGCGCUGCACGGGAUUCCUCAACUUCAAAGGAGGAUGAAUCAGAACAGAUAUGUUUACAUCAUCUGUACAGAGGUUGUGGCUUUAAAGAAAAGUGUAUCAGAACCCAUUUUCACUUGCCAUAUAGAUGGCAGUACUCUGAGGGUAAUACCUGGAAGGACUUCGCAAAUAUGGAAGAAAUAGAAGAUGCAUAUUGUGACCCAAAAAACGCCAGAUUUGAUUGUGCUUUUACUGAAGAGUUCCUUUUCCCAUUCAGUAUCUCUUUUCAUGACAUGUGCUGUGGGUUGAAAAAAGUCAGACGUCUUUCUACAGCCUCCUCUGUGACCAAACCCCCUCACUUCAUCCUCACAACAGAAUGGAUCUGGUACUGGAAAGAUGAAUAUGGCACGUGGCAGGAGUAUGGAAAACAAGAUGAUCUUCAUGCAGCUGCUACUGUCUGCAGUGAUGACCUGGAGAAAGCUUAUUUGACUCAAAGUUCUCCAAAGAUGACCUUCAAAGCUGGAAGACAUGAAUAUGAAAUAAAUUUUGUGUCCAUGAUGCAGAAAAACAUUUGCUACAAAACAGAGAGGAAGAUUUGCAGAAGACCUAAAUUUGUCUCUCAGGCAGAGGUUGAAAAGACAAAAGCCAGGGGUGUUAAACAUACAGAAGGUUUUAAGAACAUUCCAGCUCACUGGGACAAGUCUGCCCUGCCUGAACUGGGAUUCAAGCUGAUUGAGCUUGACUGUUCUUCUGAAGAAUACAAGAAAGUCAAAGUGGACUUUCAGCGCACAAUGCCCAAAGCAGCUAUUAAAAAGAUCUGUAGAGUUCAGAACCCAUCCCUCUGGGAGCUGUAUCAAUGGCAGAAGGACCUAAUGCAGAAGAGCAAUGGUGGAAAGGCUGCAGAUGAGCGAUUUUUAUUUCAUGGGACCAGUAAAAAAGACAUUGAUGCCAUCUGCCAGCAAAACUUUGACUGGAGAAUCUGUGGCCUUCAUGGGACAGUCUACGGCAAAGGCAGCUAUUUUGCAAGGGAUGCAUCUUAUUCUGACAACUACUGUGGGACAGACUCAAACACCAAGACCAUGUUCCUGGCCCGAGUGCUGGUGGGGGAGUUCACUCUUGGGAGUUCUCAUUAUGUUCGGCCUCCCAUGAAGGACAGCCAAAAAUUCUAUGACAGUUGUGUCAAUAACCCCUCAAACCCUUCUAUCUUUGUCAUCUUUGAGAAGCAGCAGAUUUAUCCAGAGUAUCUCAUAGAAUACCAGGUAUCAGCAAGAUUUCUAUAGCAGUAAAACCUGUCAUCCUUAUGUUUAACUGGUUUUAACAGUUUUUUAGUUUUGGCUUGAGAGAGAAAAAUUGAUUUUGAAGAAGCUGUGUGAUCAGAUAGGUGAGUGCUCAGAAACAUUUUUUCUCUGUCUUUUCUGUGUAAUAGAAAACAAAGCAUAAAAAGACACAGAGGAUGUUUUAGAAUUCCUAAAACCCUGUUUCUGUAUCCUAUUUGUAGCAGCUUUCACAUUACCCUACCCUACCUGGGAGCCUUUUAUAAAUUUAUUAGAAGAAAUUGCUAAUGGUUGUAGCAUGAGGUUUGGCCAUCACUGCGAAGUUUAAACAGUUUGUAGUUAUUGUUUCAGGAUAGAUUUUUACUCGUGCUCAUUUGUCAGAGGCACUAUCCCUCUACCUGUUUAUCUUUUAACUCAAAACUGGAUAAAAUACAGUUUUUUAGUAAUCUAUCUCCUGUAACAGUAGACAUUCAGGUGUUUGCAACUGUGAUUGUACAAUCUCUGUGCUCAGCUCAUUGCAUAAAUUCAUAGUAGCACUCUUCUUUUUUGUUCUUACUUAAUCUGCACCAACAAAACCUCAAAAAAUUAAACUUGCUUGUUGAAAAAGAGCAGAGACUUAUUUUCACUUGUUGAGUUUCUCAUUUAAAACAAUUACCAAAGAUACAAGCAUAACAGAGGUUGCUUGGUGCUGUGUGACUCGGAUGAUUUACUGUAUCAAAUAAAUACUGUAUUUCACGUCUGAGAACACAAGUUUUUCAUGACUUUCACUGUGCCUACAAACACAAGAGUGCUGGCAGGUGCUGUGGAGGGAGCAGAGGAGGCAACUCACACUGUUAUUUAAUACCACACUUAGGAGGGAAACAUACUGCUUGUCCUGCUGGAUUAUCAGCACCUUGGUUCUGUGGAUGAACUUUAUGGGUCCCUUAGAGCUGCUGGGAAGGAUGGUGAGUGAGUGUCUCUCAUUGGCUGUUCUGCCUCUUUGGGUGCAGGAGAUUCACAGAUUUCCUAUGUAAUCAAGCUGUCAUUGGACUUCUUUCAAGAAAAACAUGCUUACCUAGGAAGUUGUCUUCAGCCACAGAGCUGAAACCUUUUAAAUCUGAAAAUUAGAUUGAAUAUUUAAUUAUUCAUAUCAGAAGAAGAGAUAGUAGUGUUGAACAGUCAGCUUACAUGUGUGCAAUCAAAAAACUUGAGCUAUCAAAUAUUUUUUUAAGAUUAAAGUUGCUGAUGCAUAGAUAGAUACUUUAUCAUAAGAUUAACGUGCUAAAGUAGCUAUAAAUUAGCUAUACUGUGCUGCAGAAGCCUUAAGAAAUACUUUCUAUAUGACCUAAAAAAGCUCAUCUUCAGCUACAUUCUAUAUAUUUCUUUUUAACUUAUCUGGAUGAUGACUGACAGGUGUUCACUGGGUAACUCUUUAUUACUUCAGCACUGUGAGCCAGGAGCCUGGCCAUGAUUAGCUGAGUAAAGUUGUGCAGACCUCCUUUUUUGUAAACUGCAAAUCUUGCAGCAUAUCUCCUAUUUGUGUAUAAAUAUCUCCUAUUUGUGUUUAAAUAUCUCCCAUUUGUGUUUAAUACCACUGCAACACAGAAUAGGGACAGGCAAAUUGGUUGUAUUACUUAUUUUGAAAGAUUUGUAAUAGAACAUAAAGGAUAAAUCUGAUGUCAGCAAAAGAGCUUGUCAGCAAAUAGCACAUUUCUUGAGGAGGAUAACAGUUAUGUAGGAAAGAUUUCCUGUCUGUUCAGAGUAAGUUUUUCUGCCAAAACAAAACCUAUGUUCAUCUACACGUUAAUGGCAAAUGAGAAUACUGGUUGUUUGAAUUUCUUCCUCUGAACAUAAGCAGAAUUUCAGGUAAGAACUAGGAUAGCUAAAGUCAUGUUAAUCUUCUGCCAGAAAAUUGAAACAAACAUUCUUUUUCAGGCAAAAAGUUGGAAUAUUUUUAUUGAUAUUUUUUAUUGUAUUUUUAAAACCUCUAACUUGAUUCUUGUAUGUGUAUGAGUGUAAGUAAAACAGAAUAAAAUUCCUGGUUGUUGUA